CGCAAUCAACGCCAAUGACAACUUUCGGCUACUGCCGCUGCUGCUAGGCAGCUGCUGCUGUGGUGUGCGGCCCGUGUUUUCGUGGAGGUGGUGUUUGUGUUGCGACCGUCCGUAGUCGGGGCCAGGGGUUGAAACACCGCGAUUGUCCGCGGCCCGAGGAUAUCAGUGCACGCAGUCGGACGGGGCUCCCGAAAACGAGCCUCGUUUCCACCAUGUCUACGCUGCCGCUUCCCAAGGCGCUGACGCAGCGCAGGACCAACAGUUUGGAUCAGGAGAAAGAGAACUUUGAGAAGUCCCAAGCUGUCAGCAUCAGCAAAGCUGUGAACUCCCAGGAAUGCCCAGUGAAAGAGAAGCACGUCAGGAGCCUGAUAAUUGGCACAUUCCACGAGAAAGGUGCUCACACCUUCUGGAGCCUGGUGAUGAAGCUCCCGCUGCAGGAGAACCCCAUCGUCUGCUGGAAGUGCUGUCACGUGGUGCACAAGCUGCUCCGCGAGGGAUACCACCGGGCGAUUCCCGACUCCCUCCGCUAUCGCCAGACAUUCCUGGAGUACGGCAAACUUUGGGGCCUGCUCAAAGAAGGCUACGGAAAGCUGAUCCAGUGCUACUGUCGACUCAUUGUAGCCAAGCUCAAUUUUCACUACAGGAAUCCCAAGUUUCCUGGCAACUUAACAGUAACAGACGAAGCCCUGGACGACAUAGGUGAAGGGGACGUCAACGUUUUCUUCCAACUGACAUGCGAGAUGUUUGACUAUAUGGAUGAGAUCCUGGCUCUUCAGCAGGCGGUGUUUGGUUCGCUGGACAUGGCACGUUCCAACUCCAUGACUAACUCUGGUCAGUGCCGCCUGGCGCCCCUGAUCCCCUGCAUCCAGGACUCGAGCCAGCUGUAUGACUACACUGUCAAGGUUCUCUUCAAGCUGCACGCCGCCCUGCCAGGUGAUACCCUCCUCGGCCACAGAGAGCGCUUCCUCAAGCAGUUCAAACUGUUGCAGCAGUUCUACCUGAACUCUGUGAACCUGCAGUACUUCAAGCACCUCAUCCAGGUUCCCCUCCUACCAGAGAAGCCGCCCAACUUCCUGAUAGCGUCGGACCUGAGCUCUCACGUGAGCCCUGUGGUGGUGCUGCCGCCUCAGAAUGAGACGCCCGAGAACGAAACGGUGGAUGCCACCCUGGUGGAUACAUCCGUGCCACCAGCACCAGACAAACUGCAGCAGAUGUUUGGUGCUGCAGGAGACAGGGCUGAGCUGAACAACUCCACAAGCGAUGAGGCCGAGAAGGAUCGGCUGAUAGCGCGGCUGCUCCGCGAGAACUCCGAGCUGCGGAUGGAGCUGCAGCGAGUCCAGCUGGAAGACCAGCGUUACAUCGACGACCUUAAGCGACACGUGGUUGCUCUAGAGGCGCAGGUCGCCGAGCACGAGCGGACCAUCCGGCACCUGAACAAAGAGACAGAGGCGUUGCAGUCGACAGCCUCGACGGGUUGCGAAGCGUCCAGGAAAGCCGAGGAGGCCGAGAAGAAGGCCAAGAGCAACGAGGAGAAGUUCCACAAAAUGAAGGAGGUCUACAACCAGCUUCGGGAGGAGCACAUUGUCCUGCUGAGAGCGAAAGCAGACAUCGAGAAGCAGCUUGUCUCCGCGAAGGUGGCUGCGGAAGGUGCCGAGAAAGUACGUCAGGAUCUAGGCGAGCAGCUGAGGCAGGCUCGUGAGGAGAAGAGGACGGCCGAGGAACAGCUCGGCGGUUUGGCCGCCCAAGGGGCCGAGGCGGAGGCCCUGACAAGGGACAAUCACACCCUACGGGAAAACGUUCAGAGCCUGGAGGAGCGUGUCAAGGAGCUUCAGGCAGAGAUGGCGCGCGACCGACAGGAACAGGAGGCGGCCAUGGCGGCGCUCGGGGAGAGCCACACCCAGGCACAGCAAAGGCUGCAGCAGGAGGCCCUUGCAGCCCUGCUGCGCAUGCUUGCGGGAGUCGUACAGGAAGGGGAGGCCAUCGUGGGUGCCUCGCUCGAAGACAUGGACCGGCCUGGCCGUCAGGGCUACAUGGGCACACCUGAGACCCUGCUGCAGCAGACACUUGUGGUGUCACAGGCCUUGGACAAGUUCAAAGCUGGCUUUGAGAAGUUCGAAGAAAACAACGAAGAUGCGGAGGAUCUGAUCUGCUCGGUGUGUCCUCUGGCCCACGUUGCGUCCCAGCUGAUGGCAGCGGGCAAGGGGGUGUCGCAAGUGUCGCCAAACAUUGAGCUCGGAGAUGAGCUUGCCUCAGCUUGUCGUCUCCUGGGAACGGAGUCGCUGGCACUUCUCAAGUCUCUGAGGACCGAAGGCGGUGGAGCAGCCUGUGGCAACGAAGUGCGCGCACGGUUGGAUGCCGUGCACGCGUCUCUCGAGACGGUGGCCCGAGCAAGCGGUGCCCUGUCCAACUCCCUGGGCGAGGCGGACACCCAGAAGCUGGGGGACCUUCUGGAAGACGAGCUGGCACAGAUGGACCGUGCCAUCGACGAGGCCGCUCAGCGCAUCCAGGACAUGCUGAACAAGUCCCGGGAGGGUGACUCGGGCAUCAAGCUGGAGGUGAACAGCAAGAUCCUCGAUGCCUGCACAGGACUCAUGCAGGCCAUACGAGAACUGGUCAAGAGCUCCAAACACCUUCAGGAAGAAAUAGUAGCCAAGGAGAAGGGCUCUGCGUCGAAGAAGGAGUUUUACAGUCGGAACCACCGCUGGACCGAGGGUCUCAUCUCGGCUGCCAAGGUAGUUGGCCUCGGAGCGAAGUUCCUCGUGGACGCGGCGGACCGUGUCGUGUCGAGCGGCGGUGGCAAGUUUGAGGAACUGGUGGUGGCCAGCCAGGAGAUUGCAGGUGCCACUGCACAGUUGGUGGUUGCCUCACGCGUGAAGGCUGACCGCGGCUCAACUCGGCUAGCAGCGCUAGGCUCAGCCUCCAAGGGUGUCUCUCAGGCAACAGGGAAUGUGGUGGCCACUGCCAAGGCAUGCGCUCACCUUGUUGAAGAUUCAGAAGUGCUCGAUUUCUCCAGAAUCACACUACACCAGGCCAAGAGAUUAGAAAUGGAAUCACAGGUCCGUGUCCUGGAGCUGGAGAGCAGCCUGGAGCGGGAGCGUGUACAGUUGGCCGCACUCCGUAAGCGCCACUACCAUCUGGCUGGAGCCAGCGAGGGAUGGGAUGAUGCACCUGAGUCAAAUGGCACAACGGCCGGGUAGCCGUUCAAGUCAUCACCUAAUUUAAACACCAUGCGUGCACGUCUGUGAGGGAGUGUCUAGUGUGGCACAUUUCACUGCUCCGUGGUGUUCUCCACCUGUGGCCUGUUCGUCCGGAAAAUGUGAGAGCCCCACCCGACACGACCGGAAAUGCCACCCGCUAUCGACGCGCACGACGUCAUCACUCCCACCCCUUUCCUCAAAGUCGCGUUUGGUAUGGACUUCGGGAUCUUGCGUUCUCGAUCGUGAUUGAAUUUUUGGGGGAGGGGGGGGGGGGGGGGGGAAGACGGGGCUUCAACUAGAUUUGAAAAUGCUGGCCACGUUUGUGCGCAUAGUAUACUCAACAUUACCGUCACUCCACGUAGACGGCGUGUUAACAGGAACGUGUUAGGUUCUACAAUCUACGUUUAGUUUCGGCCGCUCCGCAGUUUCGCCGUAGUUCUGGGAUUUUGUUGAGUUGUUGCCUUGAUCAGUGGUGUGGGACCAUUUGAGGCCUCAUCCUACACCUUUUGUAUUACACCUCAUGCAGUCCGCUGGUGGCGCGACAUGCAACAUUUACGAGAGGGGUGACGAUUUCAUGUUGCACGUGGUGAGUCACGGUGAGACGCUGGGAUGGGCUAGGAAUAGUCCUGCGCGCUGAAUCGUCGUGUUCAACGCAUUGCGAGCUUAGCUUCGAUCGGGCGGUGUUUGCUGUACAGAAUGUAUGCGCCGGAAGGCAUGCCAUAACACGUUCGGCGUGACUGACGUGGCAGUAGAAGUACGUAGGCUCUUGCAGUGCUCGGUUUGUACAUAGAGAACUCGCGUAGUGGCAAACUUCUUUUUAAGCCAUCUUGAGGCUGUUCUCGAUGAAAAAUGAAAAGCGCUGGCUGAAAGUUUCCAACGUUAGAAAUAGGGGGACAAAGAUGACAAGCAAAGCAAGAUUCGUUUUGGUUCGGUCUGUACUCUGUUUUUGUGCAAGCAUUGUACAAACCUACAGAGAUAACGAUAAUGUGGCUUGUUUUUUCGUUUGUUUUCUUUUUUUUUCUUUUUUUUCACACGAUGGGAGCAGGCUCAAGGGUAAUGAUUGCAUAGCAUGGUGACCUUGUGACACUUUGCACUCUUAUCACCUACUUAAAGUCAUUCUUUACUAUUAUUAGUUUGCAAGGAACUGAGGUUACAUGGCCAGUGGGAAAGACGAUAUAUCGAGGAAGAAAAUAAUGAAAAGUUAGUCAUCUCUAGAGAUGCUUGUGUUUCAGGACAGGCCCGAGAUAAUUUGCGCACACACAAGGGUGCUUUCAUGGCCUCUCAUCUCCAGUGUUGUAUAUUUGAUUGCCUUUUUUUCUUUUUCUUAAUUAUUCGGGAAGUGUUAAGAGGUGGUGAGAGCAACUCCUGGGGGAUUGUGGUUUAAUUGCCGUUCUUGAAGGUGCACCACACACCAUGAAACGUCUGGUUGCCAGUUGGUUGGCAUUGCAAAUUAUGGCUCGCCCAUUGCUUACCUGGUGGUAAUAUAUGGCAACUGGUGUGCAUUGAUCAAUCGACUGAUGGUUUCAUUUGUAUUGACCGAAUUAUAUUUCAUUCAAAUUACUUCCAAUUAGUUUGGACCCAUAGCCAUAACAACAGCUAGCAUUCGGUCCAAUACUGAAAUGCUCUUCCUCAUUUGCCAUUUGCAUCAUCACAAGAUAUACGACAUGGAUGGUAAAUUAAGUCAGGGUAUUAUUGAUGUACGGUCAAAUUAAUUGUCGAGCUGAGCCAUCACUUGUUUCGUGGCCUCUGAGCAAAGAUUUACAACGGAUCAUUGAAAAAAGAAUGAAUAGUUGAAUGUAUACUGGGCAUUAGCUUUAUCACGACUCAGGCCUUUUUUUAGCUUCUGGUUUUUCUCAUGACAGAUGAAACAUUGGGGGGGAAACGCGCAACGUCUUUGUGUCUGCACUGAUGCGGCUUUUUCGGUUUUCUAGUAAGUUUUGGAACUUUUUUGUUUAUUUGCUGUCAGUGUACGCAACAGUGCCACAUAAUUGGGCACUGGGGCCACAUAUAUCCCAAGUGAUUGGCAGGAGUGUUUCUGUGCACUGAAAUGCUGCCUCUGUUAUUCGAUCCUUUCAAGCUGUCUUAGGUUGCACUGGGCAAAGGAUCUUCGAUAACUCGGUUAGCUUCCUCAAGGCAACAGCCAAUUAGGGGAGGCUUAUUUCAUUCAUUUCGUUUCAUUUGGCUUAUUCGAUGCUUUGUUGGAUUCUUACAGAAAUGCAGCUAAAAUAAGCUUACACUUAAUUGCUUACAUUUUUUUUUAAAGGUGAUUUGUUCAAUGUACAAAUUUGGUCCCUCUAAAAGCACCGAAUUAUUCAUUCUUCGAAGAAUGUAGAUUAAUUUGUGGGGGAUUUAACUACCGUUAUUAAAGGGAAGCUGAAGCACUUUUUAAAAAAAGUGACUUGGGAAUGUGUAAUCAUAGUUUGAUCCUUGCUGAAUACGAAAACCAAUGUAAGAGUUCACAGAAGUGAACACAAAUGGCAUUUCUUGGCAAAAAAACAGCGGCUGC